AUUUAUGCAUAAGUAAUUUUAACUUUUUAUAUAUUGUAAAUUUUUAGAAAGAAUAUUUGGAUGAACCCUUGCAUCACCUAAGCUCGGCGCAUGGGCCUCUUAUUCUUUUCAUCGUUCCCUAAUUUUCUUCCUCUAUAAAAUCCUCCAUGUAAGACAUGACACCAAAUGCAUCUCUCUCCUAAUUCAAAGGGGAGGUCAUCUCACUCUAUCUCUAACGUAUCAUGUCAUUAACAAGCUCAUCAUGGAGUCCCAUACUUAAUUCAUGGAUAUCCAACUCAUCCACUGGAUCGUUACUUACUCGGACGCCAUCAGCGUCCUUUUUACAUAAUGAAAACCUGGCCACGUCCAAGCAUGCUGCAACAAGCUGUUGUUGCAUGCGAGAAAUGGAGCCCCUAAAUCCUUCUGCUCAUACGAAAACUAAUAUUGUCAAAAGACCCAACAAGGAAAAUGUCAAAGAAAAAGGAUAUUAUUAUAAAGAGAGAGUAUUGGAGGCACUAGUAGUAGGGGAAGGCGAUGAAGGUGAAAUGUACGGCAGUGGUGGAGGAGGCAGUGGGUCGGAUGGUGGAGGUGGGCCGGGUUCGGGUUAUCAUGAUUCAAACAGUGGGUAUGGGCAUGAGAGUACAGAAGCCUACUACAAGAAAAUGAUCGAAACUAACCCGGGUAAUGCACUUCUACUAGCAAACUAUGCCACGUUCUUGAAAGAGGUGAAGGGGGAUUUAGGAAAAGCAGAGGUGUAUUACGGAAGAGCAAUACUCGUAAACCCGAACGAUGGAAAUGUGUUGUCACUUUAUGCUGAUCGAAUAUGGCUAACCCAAAAAGAUGCAUCUCGCGCCCAUGCUUAUUUUGAUCAAGCUGUUAAAUCUGAUCCUGAUGAUUGUUAUGUACUGGCUUCAUACGCUUGGUUCCUGUGGGAUGUUGAUGAGGAAGAACUAAAAGAUGAGCCAAGUGGAGAAUGUGGAAUUAUAGAGACUGCAUAUUCAGUACCAACAACCUAUUUAGGAGGAGUGCGUCGGCCACCCGUUACUGCCGUUUCUUAAAUUCAUGCAAUCCGAAUUGAAAUAAUCCCAGAUAAAAAAAAAUACCUCAAUGUUCAAGAAAUUUCAAUUCGAAUCAUGGUGCACGAUGUUGAGAGUAGUGAGUAGUGACUUCUUGGUUUCGGACUUUACAGUUACUCAAUUGGACUACUUUUGCAGCUACUUUUGCCUAUUCAGGUGUAUAGGGAUCUUUACUUUCUUAUUAGCUGUGUACAAUAAGAUCUUACAGACCAACUUGGCCCA